UCGUGGAUAAGCCUCUUUGGAGGGCAACAUACUGCGAGGGCGUGCAACUGUGCAUGAGGGAGUUGUGUGAGCAUACACGCGUGCACGUGUACGUGUUUGAGCGCGCGCGCGCGUGUGUGUGUGUGUGUGUGUGUGUGUAUGUGCCCCUACCCCAGCCCUCCAAUAUCUCUCCACAGGACCGCCAGCCCCGUCUAGAGUUAUUCCAGGAAUGCGAUGAACAUGGCGGCCGCGAUGAAGGCGCAGAAAACGGGACUGCUGGAGCUCCGGGUGACCGUGGACCGCUGGAUCCGAGUGCUGGCCACUCUCACCGAGGACAAGCUGAUUGUCAACCCUGGCGAGGGCGCCGACGAGACGACCAAGCACAAUCCGAAUCCGGCGGGGGCGAUCAACGGAGACCCUCCCAACCUCAGCUCGUGUCCCGUCCCGGAGACCAUCACCAACGUGAAGCGCACAGUGCGAGUCACGAAGCAAGAUGUCGGAGGACUCGGAAUUAGUAUUAAAGGUGGGAAGGAGAACAAGAUGCCCAUUCUCAUCUCCAAGAUUUUUAAGGGCUUGGCCGCCGACCAAACGGAGGCGCUGUACGUGGGCGAUGCCAUAUUGUCUGUCAACGGCUGCGACUUACGCGAGGCCACGCACGACGAAGCCGUGCAGGCGCUCAAGAAGACUGGCAAGGAAGUCAUCCUUGAAGUUAAGUACAUCAAGGAGAUGUCGGCGUUCUUCAAGAGCUCGGGGUCCCCUGGCGGAGCUCUCCCGUGGGACUCGCCUCCUCCAACGCCUCCGAAGGGCGCUGACCAUUUGUCCGCCGAGGCGAAGGAACCCCGCAGCAUCCCGCUGAAAAUGUGCCAGGUGUCCCGCAAGCAAUUCCCCCCUGACACAGAAAACAGAUACUUCGAGGUGGUUUCGCCCAACAGGAAGAACUCUGUGUUCCUGCGGGCCAAAGACCCAGCCAUGGCCCAGUCUUGGUACAACGCCAUCCAGGCCGGUGCUGCCAACCUUUUACCGCAAGUCAAGGAGGAAAUGAAGAGCUUGCACCCUGGUAUGGAAGUCAAACACUUGGGCUGGAUUGUAGAACAGGCGGUGCAAGGACCCGAGAGGCCCGUCCUCGCCGUGCUGACCGAGCGGGAGCUGCUUCUCUACCCUGCCUUGCCCGAAAGCAAAGACGCCAUCUGCAGCCCGGCGAAGAGUCACCCUCUCAUCACCACCAGACUGGUCCACUCCGGCCCGGGAAAAACGUCUCCUCUCCUGGAAUCGGAGCUUUCAUUUGGGCUGCGUUUGGGCACCAAGCAAGGUGUGGAGACCCAUGUGUUCCGGGUGGAUUCUCCCAAGGAGCUGUCGGUGUGGACUCACCUACUGGUCGAUGGCUGUCACAAUGCCGCCGAGCUCAUCAAGGAGGUCACGACAGCUUGCAGCUGGAAUGGAAAGGAGUGCACACUGGGUGUGCACAUUGACGAUGGCUUCACGCUAUUCACCGAAGAGCUUGGCGUCCGCAAGAGCGUGUUGCUGCAGCAUCCCUUUGAGCGUCUGAGGAUGUCGUCAGACGACGGUGUCCGCAUGAUGUUUCUUGACUUUGGAGGGCCAGAGGCCGAAAUCCAACUGGACCUUCAUUCUUGUCCCAAGACGAUUGUGUUCAUCAUCCACUCGUUUCUCUCUGCCAAGGUCAAGCGACUCGGCCUCCUGGCAUGAUGACGUCUACAACAUGUGCAUUAGGAAUAUUUGACAAAUUCACAAACACAACGACUCAGACUGACUUUUGAGCUGAAAGCGAUGACUAAAUCUUUUCUCCUCUCUUCCGGCUCAUCCUGGUCUCUCAUGGCGAGCCGGCGGACAUUUGGACGUUGAGGUUUUUCCACAAAUGCAGACCUCAUGAUUCAUGCAUUGAUUUUGCAGCAGCCUUUCACAUUUUUUUCUUCCAAUUUUGGUCAGCGUCCCUUCAGCUUUUAUUGAUUCAUUGUUCAGUAUGUAUGCGUCAUGAAUGUCUUGAUGGUUGAUGUUGGACAAACCUCUAUUUAAUUAAAAGAAGACACCUUUAGUGGAAUGACAGGAGACUGAUCACUGCGUGAUCAAAAUGGAUGUAAGGAUUCAUUAAGGGAGGAACUUGUGGAUGUUUAAGUUGCCUUCGCACACAACGAUUUUUAUGAUAGGCCCCUCCCCCCAAUUUUAUGAUAAUACCAAAUAAGAAUUGAAUAUAACAGAAAAUAUUUUUAUUCCACUUGUUUUAGCUUAGCUGCAGAUUUCGAUUCAAAACAUUAAGGCUACUAACAAAGAAGGCCUCAUAAAUAAAUUGACUUCAACUACAGAGAGGUACACACAUGCCGAUAAUCGGACUGGACUUGAGACUUUUUUCCAACCAUUCUAAGCAAAAUUAGCGCGCAAUAUUUUAUCGGUUGUCGCUGAAAGAUUAUCCUGAGCGAUUGUGCUAUGGGAUGGGAUGUGUUCAGGGUGAUUUUUCCUUACGGAUUUGCUUGUAAUUCAAGGCCGACAGUCGUAAAUGUUAAACCUGUUCAAUAUUAACCAUGAAAAAUCGCCAUUGUAUGGUCAACAUUGAGUUGAGCCAAGCUCCGAUUUUUCGGCAGUUGGGCUGCCCUGUGGCACCACGCUGCCCCUCACGGGUUAAUCUUGACAGGCAUCUGACUUUGGGAAUCAAGUCAUGAUUGUUGGUGGGGACAUCAUUACAUGUACUCUAAGAGCUCAAUUGUAGACUUUUUUUUCUCCUUGUCAAGUAAGAAAAUACCUCGUAAAAAUCGGUAUAUGUGUAACCUGCUCAAAGGGUAUUUCUAAUACGCAUUCGUGAACUCUUUAAUGAAUUCAGCUACCGGUACUUAUGCUUUCAUUUACAAAGUAUUUAAGCAGUCGAUUUCACCAAUGGCCUUCAUCACAAAGUACUUUUUGUAUUCGCACAGAACAUGAAAUAUGUCACGUUAAAGUCUUUUUGCAACACUAAAAUUCAACUUGUAUUCAUCAUAUAUGUUUCAAUGCUCUCCAAAAUAAAAAUGUGUAUUCUUAUUUAAGCAAGCAAAAGUGUGCCUUUUAAGGGUUGUUUGUACAUAAACACGUAAUAAACUUUGGUAACUUUUAACAUA